AUGCCUUUAAUAGACGACGGAUCUGGGAUCGUUCUCAAGGAAAUAUCUAAAGAAAAUAUUGAAGAUUUAAGAAAAUGGAUAGCAACACAACCACAUUUACCACAAAACAUCCCAGAGGAAAUGCUGAUACUUUUUUACCAUAGCUGCUUUUUUGAUAUGGAACAAACCAAAAGUUGCAUAGAAGUUUACUACACACUCAAAACAGAAACUCCAGAAUUUUUUGCGAAUCGUGACGUUUUUAGACCAGAACUCGUUAAUGCCCUCAAUGUCUUAGAUUACGGUUGUUUGCCAAUCCGCAGCCCAAAUGACUAUCAAAUCAUCUACCACAAAUUACGAAUUUUCGAGGCCAACAAAUAUGUGUUUAACGACGGCGUAAAAUUGUUGAUUAUGGCAAUGGAUGCAUGCUUCAAGGUGGACGGUACUUGUCCUGGCUAUAUAUUCUUAUUUGACAUGCGUGGCGUCCGAUUGGGCCAUCUCACCAGACUGAGCAUAUCUUCACUCCGAAAAUUCUUCACGUUUAUACAAGAAGGAUUACCUGUUCGUUUGAAAGGUAUACAUGUCCUGAACACGCAGUCAAUUGUUGACAAGAUUAUGAUGUUGCUGAAACCUUUCAUGAAAAAAGAGCUGUUGAGUAUGGUGCACUUCUACACAGAAAGAGACGUGGAGAAAAUUUACGAAGCGGUGCCGAAACAGUGUCUGCUCGAAGACUACGGCGGCCUGGCGCAAUCCAUCGAGAAAACGCACGCUCAUUUUGUCGAAUGGAUGAAAUUAAUGAAGCCGUUGUUUGAAGACGAUUACCAAUACAAAACCGACGAAUCAAAAAGGCCAAAAAAGAGUAAAAAGUCCAUAUCAACUUCAUUUAAAUCGUUGGAAAUCGACUGAUGUUAGAAAUCUUGAUUGCAAAUUACAACGUAAUCGGA